UGAACAAUACCAUGAAUUAAGUCAUUAAAAAAGUAAAAUAAAGUGCUGUUUGUACAAGCUGACCGACUCCUUCAUGCAUUGUAACAAACACUAUAUCCACUUCAGAUCCAGCGAUGUGAAUAUAUGUGCAGUUCGCCUUUCUUAAAAGUUUUUAUGGCAUAUACAACAGAGUCCAAAGUCCAUGAAAGUUUAGCUGAUAAGGGGAGCCAAUAAAAGCAGCAGUGCAGCAGUGUAAACACAUGUCUCUCUGGGCCCAGAGCAGGACCUUAUUCUGCGGAUUUACAUAAGGCAGCCGGCCCACUCAUUAUCAUGUUUUAUAUCCCCUGCACUCACAAAGCAUCAUGGCAAAGUAGCUCCAUCCUCCCCGUCUAAAGGGAAGUGAAGUAGCCUCACGGAGCAGGUGCCAGCAGCCGAAACUCCCGAAACACAUGAGCAAAGAAGACAGGAACUUUAUUUUUUACUUUUUUUAUUCUUACUCCCUCCCUCUGUUCUCCCUCUCCAUUCCCAGCAGGCCUAUGUUGUGUUUUUAAUGUUCUCUAAAAUGGUAUCCAAGCUGACAUCCCUGCAGCAAGAGCUUCUCAGCGCUCUGCUGGACUCAGGAGUUACCAAAGAUGUCCUGAUCCAGGCCCUGGACGACAUGGACCCGAGUCCGCCGGGAUUUGGAGUAAAACUGGAGAAUCUGCCCCUGUCGCCCGCACCGCCUCAGAGCGGGAAGAUGAACGGAGCGGACACAGACUCCAAGCCCGUCUUCCACACGCUCACCAACGGACACAGCAAGGGCAAACUGUCCGGGGACGAGGGCUCCGAGGACGGGGACGACUACGACACGCCGCCGAUCCUGAAGGAGCUCCAGUCACUGAACACGGAGGAGGCCGCCGAGCAGAGGGCGGAGGUGGAUCGCAUGUUGGCAGAGGAUCCAUGGCGUGCUGCCCGCAUGAUCAAAGGUUACAUGCAACAGCACAACAUCCCCCAACGGGAGGUGGUGGACGUCACAGGGCUGAACCAGUCUCACCUCUCACAGCACCUCAACAAAGGCACGCCCAUGAAAACACAGAAGCGAGCGGCUCUCUACACCUGGUAUGUCAGGAAACAGCGGGAAAUUCUUCGACAGUUCAACCAGGCAGUUCAAGGUUCUGGCAGCAUUAUGACAGACAAAGGCAAUCAGGAUCCGGUGUUUUUUUUCCCAGAGUUCAACCCGUCCGGUCAGGGCAUGGGUCAGCCUGGUGACGAGGUCGGCAGCGAACCCUCAAGCAAGAAAAUGAGACGUAAUCGUUUCAAAUGGGGGCCUGCGUCCCAACAAAUCCUGUACCAGGCCUACGAGCGUCAGAAGAACCCCAGCAAAGAGGAGCGGGAAGCCUUGGUGGAAGAGUGCAACAGAGCCGAGUGUCUUCAGAGAGGGGUAUCUCCCUCCAAAGCUCAGGGCCUUGGCUCUAAUCUGGUCACUGAAGUGCGAGUCUAUAACUGGUUUGCUAACCGUCGUAAAGAGGAGGCCUUCAGGCAGAAGCUCGCUAUGGACGCCAUCUCUGUGCCGCCCCAUGGCCUCAACACCCUGCUGUCACACAGCUCCCCACAUCAUCCACAGACCAGCGCUUCACCUCCAAUGCGUUACAGCCAAGGCCCCGGUGAGGUCACCUCCUCCACCACCAUCAGUCAUCACAACAGCAGCUCCAUGCCAAGCAGUCAGUCUGUACUCCAGCAGGUGUCUCCAGGAGGAUUGGACCACAGCCACAGUCUGUUGUCACCUGACGCCAAGAUGAUUUCAGGUUCAGGGGGAGGACUUCCUCCAGUUAGCACGCUUACAAACAUCCACAGUUCCCAUCACAGCCAUCAGCAGACACAGAACCUCAUCAUGCCUCUAACUGGAGUCAUGGCCAUCGCACAAAGUUUAAACUCAUCACAGUCUCAGACGGUGCCAGUGAUCAACAGCGUGGCAGGGAGCCUAGCAGCGCUGCAGCCGGUGCAGUUUUCACAGCAGCUUCACAGCCCUCACCAACAGAGCCUGAUGCAGCAGUCGCCCAGCCACAUGAGCCAGCAGCCGUUCAUGGCCACAGUCACACACUCACACAUGUAUUCUCACAAGCAAGAGCCCCCACAGUACUCCCACCCGUCGCGCUUCCCCUCAGCCAUGGUUGUCACAGACGCCAACAGCCUCAGCACGCUCAGCUCCAUGUCCUCAAGCAAGACAGAUGCUCCUGUAAACAAGAUGGUGCAACUCGGGGGUCUCUCCUGGUGUCCUCUUCAGGCCUGGUGAGAGCGUCCACCUAACUUCUCCGGUGCCCGGCAACCCAAGCACAUUUUUCCACCCUCUUGCAGCGGUAACCAUGACAACUCUUAAUAACCGGCAGCAGUGCGGCUGGAUGAUGACGAGUCGGUCAACAAAACUAACAGGGGGGAGGAGUGACGACGGUGAGCCAGGCGGCGAAAAAAUGAGAACAUGAGGAAGGAAAGAAAAAAGAAAAGUUAACUCGCUGCACCUGAAAGUGAGGAGACUGGACUUUCCCUCUGUGUCGCACAAACAUGAUCAACAAGGACGUCUAAUUUGAACGCAGUCUUUUAAAACAGUAUUCAGUUUUUUAAGCCCCUUUUCAGGAAAGAGACACUACAAAGGAACAAAAACCAGGCACCCAAAAAACUCACAACUGAGAGGCUCUGGGAAAUCAUCCAACACUGUGAUUGAAGGUGGAAAUAUGAAGACACACUGAAUCUAACAGACACUAAUCAGCCUCUGAGAAGGCUCAAAGACUCAAUGAAGCGAGUUCCUGGAUGCCUUUCAUUGGCUACACAUACAUUGCCUUGCACCUGAGCAGGACUGUGUGACAAUCACAAUCACCUUUAUUGAUCUUGUGCAUUGGCUUUAAAGGAGUCUUCCAUGUUUUUCAAUGUGUAUACUGUGAUUGAAGAGACUUUGACAAUCUUGAAAGGACUAUGCAAUGCGUCUAUAUGUGUUUGCAAUGCUUUGUAUAACUGGAUUCUGCACACUUGAGACUGGAAAUGAAUAUGCACUAUCAGUGAAGCCACAGCUAUUAUUAUAAAGUGGAGUUUCUGUCGUGAGACGCUGCCUGUAACAUAGGGGAAAAAACACAGAUUGAUGUGUGUGACAAAUAUGCCAAAGAAAGAGUGUAGCCGAGUGCAGGUUUUAUUUGUCGUCAUGUCUCAAAAGUCAGCCUGUCGUAUCUAUGAACCAGGUCUGCCCUGAGGGGGAGGACUGACUCACACACUUUAAAUGUGGCCCUUCCCCUCCGUGUUGUUUGCACACAGGUUCAGGUGAAUUUCAGGAAUGGGACUCACCCUCCUCCUCAUUGCUCUCCCAUGUCCUGCUACAAUGUGAAGAAAUAGCAUAAUAGGACAAAUAUUUUUAAUAACUCCUCAUCAUAAACCCCCUCACAGUGUAGAAUGAAAAUAUUGACAAGUAUUCAGAAACAAAACAGUCCUCUUAGUCGGUAUUUAGUGAAGGAGACACAUGAAAGAGGAAAAUGUUGUGACAGCAGCUGCUCCAAUCAUACAGGAAUCUAAAAAGGCUGAGAAAUGUAGGGAGGGGAGCAGCUGCUGUGGGUACAGACAGCCACACUUUUUAAUGUGCCAAUGUGUACUGAAGGAAUAUGAAGCUUAUGUUGGCUCAGAGCCAUCCAUGGCAGUUUGACUGUUGGUCCACAAAGAGCAGAAAAGACACACAAACAUUAGCUGUAUGCUAACUAGCUUGAAGCUAACGAACAUACCAGCACGGAAGUGUGUUUGUGUUCAGGUAACCUCAGACUAACCUCACCAGGAACUGCUGCUCAGAAAUUUCGUCCACUGGACAAGAAGUUCAAACAUAAACGGGAAAAAGAAUGUUAAAGUCAUGCUCAUAAGCUAAAAGCUAACAACAGAUUAUCUCUGCAUGGGGACAGAGUUGUGCUCAGCUCAACCUCAAACCAAACUCACUACAAACUCAGGUUAUUUCCUCCAGUUCUCUUCAGUCUCAUUCCCCCUUUUCCCCUUUUCAAGCUUCAUCUAUUUGCAUGUUCCUUUCUAGGCACAUAUUUGUUUAGCUAGCUAGAUGACGAUCAGAAAGGUUGAGACAUAGGACCAAAUUUGGCAACAAGACUAAGUUUUCCCUCCAAAAUAACUAAGUUACACAUGUUUUACUAAAACAAAAAGGCAGUCUUGACCGUCAAACCCUGUGUGUUAUAAGCAUGGCAGAUCCAGUCUCCUGUUCAAUAAUAGGUCAUUACAUUGUUAUUAUUGUGUUGAUUGGUUGGUGACUGUUAUAGGCACAUUUACUGCCUUCUGAUCAGAGGGCACUCAUACUUGUGUGACAGGACGUGAUUUUUUUUCUCUUCUAAUGUAUUAUUUUUGUAUAAAAUUGAAAUCAAUCAUAAAUCAUUAUUUAUACUUUCUGAGAAAAUGUUGAUAUUUCGAGUAAAAGUUUUUUUUUCC